AUGCUCUACCACCUGACAGUGAGCUAUAAUAUCCAACAAGUCCGAGGUUUGUUUAACCUUCGAGCUGGGGCUCGUUCGCCAGGCAUCCCCCGAACAAGCCAUCCUUUCUUCGGCACUGUGAAGGAAACAAGCCAGAGUUUUUGUUCAUGGCCCAAGAAGAAGUUAUUCAGCUUGGCAUACCAUGCCCCACCGGUGACGAGUCAUCCAGCGAAGUCGGCAACCCGCGUGACUCCCGAAGACUGGACCAAGUACAUGCGUUUUGUUCGACGAGCGUGUCGUGCACCAACACCGGUUCAAGGCGACGUCUGGCUUCGACUCAUCCUUCACAUGCUUCCCGUCAACAGCCGGUUUGCCUACAAGCAACUCACCGACCCUGAAGCCAUUACAUGCGUUUAUGGAUGCGGUAAUGUCGAAACCGAGCAUCAUGCCUUCCACACGUGCAAUGAAGUCUUUCCGACAUGGCAAUUUCACGCAAGAGCCUGGCGUUGGUUUGGGGUUCAUUUUGACUGGGCCACCAUCUCCAACAUUGACUCGUUCAAUGUCAGCCCGACUUGCGCUGCAAACAAACCUGCGCUGUUCAAGCUAUGGACACUGCUCACAGCAUCAGUUCUGCACACGAUCUGGACACAGCACAACGCCAUCAAGUACGACGACAAGACACCCUGGCCACAACGCGUCUGGGAAGAAACAACUUUCAUCGGCUGGAUGGCGGCCGUACGGCGUUGGCUCCGAUUUCAAGAUCCAACCGACGCUCUUCGCAUCAACGUGCUUGCGCAACUGGCAAAACCCAAGCGCCAGCGCCCGUACAACACACUCUGGCUCAAGUACCCCAAAUGCUUGAUCCUCGAAUUUUCAGCUCCAACUCCGUAG